CGGGCCCAUCCCCUUUAUCACGAUCGUGCCCUAGGCACGAUCGUGGAAGAAGAGGGAGAGUGCGAAGGGGAGGCGGCGGCGGCGCUAGGUCGAUCGCUGGAGGGAGCCGACUCGCCGGAGGAGUUGAGCGUCGGGAAGGCGGCAGAUCUCGUGAGCCGGCCGGUCAAGAAGGAGGAUCCCCAUCAACGCACGAAGAGGCCUUGGAUCCGUGGGUUUACUCACGGAUUUCUCCACCAAACCCUCGCCGGAAGGGCCGCCGGAGCAUCCCGCCGGACCGAGAGGAAGAGUCGGCGGUGCCAGGAGAUUUUGAUCAGGGGACUCAGCACCCCAGCUCGUAGUUGUGAUCCGGAUCUGUAAUUGUGACAGUCUACAAUCUCUAGGCACUGGAUUCGUAGAAUCUGUCGGAUGAGACAAGAAGUUCUUUGUUGGAAUAUCUUAAAUUGCGGAUUCUAGUCUAGAAUUAACCUUGUGACAGUAAAUAUAAUGCCCCUUCUGAAACCUCCACUUCCACGCAUCCUCAUAAACAAUGUUUCCUGCAUGCGUAAUGCUCAGACUGUCCUCCGCAAUAUUAAUGUCUCUAUGCAUGAUGGCUCUGCUCUUGUAUUGACUGGUGCUAAUGGCUCUGGGAAGACAACCUUUCUUCGCAUGCUAGCUGGAUUCUCUCGCCCUUCUGCUGGUGAGAUCCUUUGGGAGGGGCAUGACAUCACAUCGCCUGGAGUAUUCCAACAAUACAAGCUUCAACUUAACUGGCUAUCGUUAAAAGAUGGCAUAGUGGAUAAACAAACUGUGUUAGACAAUGUUGAGUGGUUUGAAGUCUUGGAAGGAAAAUGCGGGAAAUCUAUGGGGGCUCUUGAGCUCAUGGGGUUAGGUAGGCUUGCAAAUGAGAAGGCAAGGAUGCUUUCUAUGGGGCAGAGGAAGCGGGUACAGUUGGCUAGAUUGCUGGCUAUAGAUAGGCAGAUUUGGCUGCUUGAUGAGCCUUCAGUUGCGUUGGAUGAUGAAGGAGUCCGCCUGUUGGAGUAUAUAAUAGCAGAGCACCGGAAGAAAGGUGGAAUUGUUUUUGUGGCAACUCACCUACCGAUCAAGAUUGAGGAUGCUAUGUCUCUGAGGCUCCCGCAAAGGUUUCCAAGGAGGAAAACUUUAGUUGAUCUGGUUCGUUGAUGUAAGCAUAAAUCACAAACUGAUCAUGUUCUCCAGUCAUGUUAUAUAUUUAAUUUUACCCGUAUCUCAAUCAGUUUUGUUAGGUUGCAUUAUCAUGUCCGCUGUCAUUAUAAAAUCACUGAUUACUGCCCAUGUUGUUUUGAAGAUUGUUGGAAUUUGGAGAAAGUUCUUUUGUACUAAAAAUUAUGCUAGAAAAAGUCAUCCCUUAUUGUUAAAGUACUGGUUAAACAAAUUCCUAUAAUUUUACUUUACACAUUUUGUUUUAAA